CGCCUGCCUCAGCCAACCAAAGUGCUGAGAUUACAGGCGUGAGCCACCGUGCCCAGCUGACAUGAGUUUUUGUGCUUUAGUCUACCCGUUAGGAAAGAGGGGAAGUGAUAAACUGAAGCUCUCCAAACUGUUGAGGGAUUAGGGGUUCUUGUAAGGCCCCCCAGGGCCUGGCUCUGACAAAGCAUCUGCAACUAAUGAUGCUUCUUGAGCUCUGGAGAAGAAUUUAUGCAUCUAAUAAAGUCUAUCACUCCAGGCUUAGGGGCUGGGGGCAGGACGCUGACAGCAGGAAGUCCUGGGGGCACCGUGGGAAGGGAUCCCAGGCGGCUCCUAAUGAGCCCUGCAUUUCCAUUUGCCUGUUCUAGAUUCCCCCUAAGGUGCUGUGAGGCUGGGGGUGGGGUGACAGCAGGUAUAAGAGGCUGGGGUGGCUGUCGGAGGGUGGAUGGCAGCAUGGAUUCUAGGCAGGCUGCUGUGCUGCUGGUGCUGCUGCUGUUAAUAGAUCCCAGCUAUGCUGAAGGGCCAGGAGGCCGGCAGGAAGACCAGCUCUCCCAGCCCCUGGCACAGGAGGAAGACAGUGGACCCCACCUACCACAGGAUGCCCAGAGCCCUGAGUCACUCUUGCGAUCCCUGCUCCAGGCAAUGGAGAGACCUGGCCGGAGCCAAGCCUUCCUGUUUCAGCCCCAGAGAUUUGGCAGAAAUACCCGGGGAUCCUGGAGCAAUGAACGGCUGAGUCCUCGGGCUGGAGAGGGGCUGCAUUCCCAGUUCUGGAGCCUGGCUGUCCCUCAACGCUUUGGGAAGAAGUGACGUCAUCCCUUGAUGUGUUUGCAUGCAAUGUCCACACCCAAAAGUGCCAAUGUGUGCCCCCCAAAUAAAGGUGUCUGAUUUCUGAA